GGAGAGGCGGGGAGGAGAAAACCAACAACAAAACUUGCGUCGCCGAGCGCACGGCUCGACUUGAAUGGAAGGAGCCCGCGCCCGCGGAGCGCAGCCGAGACUCGGGAGAGCGCGGGCGGCCGGCGGGCGCGGCACGGGGCGCAGCAGCUCUCCCCAGCUAGUCCGCCCUUCGACCUCUUUGCGGACAGAGAAACUGUGGCCAAGAGAGAGGCAGAGCUUUGCCGCGGGGCGCGCGGACAGGUGAGGCGGGGCCCGCGCGUCCACCGCCCAACCCGCUCGUGGCUCGGCUCCCCCGCCCAGCGCCGCGCACACUGGGCCAGAGCUCUCAGCUGGCGGCCAGGUGUCCGUCUAUCUGUCUACGCGGCUGCCUCCCCGCUGGGACAGCUGAACUGGGGAAGGGGCGGCAGUGGGGGCUGCGAGGUCGUCGCCUUCCCGCUAAUGCGGCGGAAGCCCCAGGGUGCAGGUCCCUGAACCGCCAGCCCAGCCUGGGGCGGGGAACCAGAUCGUGGCGUCGGAAUACCUGAUGCGCUGUCAGGUGGAAGAGGAGGUGGCGGCGGCGGCAAGCUCCUGGCGGCCUCCGGGGCUAGGGGGCGGGGGGUGGGAGGCAGGUGCAGCUGGAACUGCAGGAGAGGAGCAGGCACCAGCGUGCGUGCGGCGCGGACCGUUCCGUCCGGGAGGCGCAGAGGGAUGCGCGCCCGGCUCCUGGAGUGCAUCACGGCACUAUCCAGGCCCACGCACCCCGAGUGCUGCCCUUGGACUCCGGGCCGGCCAGGCAAAGGGAAGCUAUGGUCCACCCGGCUAGAAGAGGCACCGCUGGUGUGAACCAGGAGAGCCCCUGGGUGGUCUUGUCCCCUUUUAGGGCUCAGGGCCCAGUACUCUAGCCUAGAGUGCAAGUUAAGAAAUGUCAGAUUCACAUGAGUGUUUUCAUGAGAUCUUGUGGGAGCAUACUUUGUCUCUUCUGUCUGAAUCUUGGGGAGGGCGUGACUGAUUGUGGCACCUUUAGAGAGUCAUAUAUAAGAGUCUGGUAGAGUCAUAUAUAAGAGCUCUAACCAUGAUCUGCCUGGAACCCUCAAUGGCUCCUUAUCAUCAACUCCUUAGGGUAGUAGCUAAUGCCCUUGGGGACUUGGACUUGCAUCCCCUGGUUGCCCUCCCUUAAACACACCUCUUGCUUCCUUCAUCCUCACACUGUGCCUUUGCUCAUGCCCUCUCUCUGCCUGGAGUGCCUUUCCUCCCCUUGGUCCACCUGGAGAACUCCUACUCAGCCUUCAAGACCAGCUCAAGGCUCUGGGUAAGAGUCAGAAGACACAAAUUCUAGUGCUGGCCUCACCCUUCAAUGCUAAUCUGUAAACUGAGGGAGUCUGACCAGAUAAUGUUGCAGAUCUUUUCCAACUCUGCCGUUCACAAGUUCAUCCCUUCAUUUCCUGAGCACCCAGUCCUUGCCUGGGGAGUCAGGGAAGGCUCCGCUGCGCCUUGAAGGGUGCAGUGGGCCAGGGGUGCUGUGGGAGCACGAGGAACUCCCAAACCCAGCCAAGGGGCAGCAGCAGCUCGAGGAGCAGAGGUGUCUGGGGAGGAGUUGGCCGGGGAUGGGCAGCAGUGGGAGCCCCUUCGCGCCUGAGUUUCCUCCUCUGCAGAAUGGGAGACUGACUCUCGUCUUGAGAUUUCUGUUAGAGUCAGUAACGUGCAGCUGUUCGGGGCGCAGCAUGGAGCAGGUGAUUAGCAGAUUUUUACUGAAUUUGAGUGGAGGAGGAGGGAAGUGCUGGGGGCUGAAGAUCAGCCUCCUGAUUUGAGUCUCCCUUCCUUCCUUCUAGUCCUGCCGAAAGCCCUUCAGGGCCUUGAGGUUUGGUUCCCUGGCGUGGGGGCCAGGAGGCAGUGGGUCCCGGGUACUGCCUGAAUAACAGUAACCCCGUGUAUGUCACAUGUGCUGGCUGGCAGCAUCAGUGAGGCACGCCAUUUCGCUUUAUCAUCGUGAGGAGCUCCCAUCUCCAUUGCUUGGACUAGUGAACAGAGGCUCAGAGCAGUGAAGUGACUCGUCCAGGCUCACACAGCAGUCAGGGUUGUACUUCCCUCACUAAAGCUCUCCACGUGAGGAAGAGCUCACUGCACACAGAGCUGCUCCUCUGGCCCAGCAUUUGCUGUCCUCACUUUCGGGCCUUCCAGAGACCAGGGGUCUGCUCUCUCCUCCGUUCUUCCACACACAUGGCUGGGCACAGAGAAGGGGACUCGGGUGCUUAUCUUGCUCAACAUUCUUAGAAGAACAAAUAAAUUGAGACUCAGAUGGGUCAGUGAUGUGGCCAAGGUCACACAGCAACUAGAUGGAGGAGCCGGAGCUGCCCAGGAUCCUGAGGGGGCUGGGCAAGCUGGGAAAAGAGGGACGUGGCACUGGGGCCACCACUCUCCAAGCCUUGUCUGUUCUUCCUCCCUUUCCUGGAUCCACCUCCUCCUCUCCAACCCUGCAGCCCAGCACCACCUCCUCUGCCCCGACCAGGCCUCUUAGCCCUUGCCCGCACCAUUGCACAGCCUCUGAGAGCUCCCACUGGUCCAUCCAUAAACCUGCCUAUUCCACACUCCUGCUCUUCGACAGUUCCUCAUCUCCCCUAAGGUAAGGGUCACUCUCCCUAACCUGGUUUUCAAGUCCCUUCUUGGCCUGGACUUGCGGCCACUACCCACUUGCAUCACUCUCAGUCCCCAACCCCCACCAGACACUCUAGUGAGCUUUGUAGAGGUCGCGACAUGGGCUCCCUUGCUCCAGGGGCUUUGCACAUGCAGAAUCUCUUGCUUGUAUCACUCUUUCUCUUUUGCCUGAUCCUCAUCCUUCCUGGCUAGAUAAAGCAUCACUUCUUCUGGGAAGCCUUCUUGGCCCCAGGCAAGGUAAGGCCUCCUCUGGGCCCCUCUGGACUAGCUUCCCUCCAUCACACCUCUGAUGACACUGGGAUUAUAAUACUCAAUUUACACAUAAUAUAUAGACCAGCGCUCUCCAAUAGAAAUAUAAUGUGAGCCACAAAGGCAAGCCACAUAUAUAAUGGAAAAUUUUCUAGAAGCCACAUUAAAAAUGUAUAACAAAACAGGUAAAAUUAACGUUAAUAAUUUAUUUAACUCAAUAUAUUCAAAAUAUUAUCAUGUAAUCAAGAUAAAAAUGAGGUUUUAUGAGAUUAAUAUUAAUAAGAUAUUUUACAUUCUUUUUGGUACGAAGUCUUUAAAAUCCACGUACACUACAGUUUACACUUACAGCCUCUCAGUUUAGACUAGCCACAUUGCAAGUGUUCAGUAGCCACGUGUGGCCACCGCAUUGGACAGUGCAGGUGUGAGCUUCUUAAGGGCAGGAGCCCUGGUGGUCUGUUGGGUCCUCAGUGUCCGGCUGUGCUUGGCCCUGGGGUGGGCCCCACAGCAUUGUGGUUAAGCCUGAGCCGGGAGCUCGGCUUUGCUGCUUCACAGCUGUUAAGAGGGAUUGGCCAGGCCCACUAGGGCCUCAGCUGCUUCAUCUAUAAAGUGGCAAUGAUGACAUUUUCAAUAUGGUUUAUAAUGUUAAUAUAAAUUAUUUUUACAGAUACAGUUUACAGAUCUUUACAGAUACAAAACUGAAGGUGAGGGAGAAAAAACAGCCAGGCAGUGAGUGCACAGGAUAUGCGGGGAGGACCCUUCUCCCUGGCCUCCUGCCCUGAAUUUGGGGCCUGGGCCUACACUCCGCCUCCCAGAGUCCCGAUCUGGGAGGGGUCAGACAGAAGGUGGGGCAGGGACCCUGGUCUAACGCUGGAGGCCCCAGGGGCUGCAGGCUGCUGAGCUGCCUGGGGGGUCAUAAUGUGCCAUAGACUGGCUGAGGGUUUAUUGCCCACUUGGUCAGUGGAUGGGGGGCGGCAGGGUAGGGGGCUUAGGGCCAGGCUGCAGGCUCCAUCACCCACUGCUGCUCACGGCUCCCUGGAGCCAGAGCCGUUUGUGUGCUGGGCUCCCUGGUGCUCUGCCAGGCCGGUGCCUGGGGCCCCAGGCUGCUUAGGCCUGCAGACCUAUAGGGUCAAGCCAGCCUGACUGCUGGCCCUCUUCUCUCCCCUCUGCUUUCCCCUUUCCCUUUGGGGCCCCGUGCUCCUCGGGACCCCUUUUACAGGGCUCACCCAGUCUAGGGGGCAGAGCUUACUGUACUGGGGUCUGCCGGCCCCUCCAGACUGACGGCAGGGAUCUUACCCACCUCACCGGUAUCCCCCUGUGCCCAGCACAGGGCCAGGGGCAGAUGGGGCCUCACCUCGGAGAGCUGGCUGAGCCAAGGAGCAAAGCAAAGUGGUGUGAAAUGCCACAGCAGACAUCCACAGGAGGCUGGAGUCUACACAGCUCCUGGGAGGAGGCGAGCCUGGGGCUGGAGCGAAAAGCACAGCAGGAUCCAGUCAAGGGCGGGGGAAGAAGCAGGGGGUCUGGAGCGGGCAGGGCUGUGGCUGGGACAUGAGCAAUGCCCACCAAUCAGAGAUUAGGAGGAGCUGACACUUAUUGAGCACUUACUGUGUGCAGUACGUGCAUCCCACUGACUCUCAGUCUCCCCGUUAGGACGGCUCUGUUACCACCCCAGGGACAGGUGAGGAAGCUGAGGUUUAGAAGGUCACAAAACUUGCCCAAAGCCACACAGCUGGAAGCCAGAGCUGCCUGCCUAACCAGACCUCAGUGCCAUCGUCGGGCUCCGGGUUUACCCAGCCUCCCAGGCCCCGCGUCUUGGGAGACCCUGCUAACGGCUCUGCAGGUUUUGUCCCCAAUGUAAUGGAGGGAGAGGCUCAGACUGAGGAGCGGGUGUGCCAGGCCUGGCCCCUGGCUGGGCACUUGCGUUCCUGAUGGCGGCAGCAGUGACAGUGGCAGUUCAUCACCUAACAGGCACCAGGUGCUUUGCAUCUGUCAUCUUGCUGGCUCUUCACAGAAGCUGAGUUUAGACAUAUUAUCUGUGUUGUAAGAUGAGGAAACUGAGGCUCAGCGAGGUCAGAGCCACUAAGUGGUGGAGGAGGACUCGAACAGGGGUCUAUGGGACUCCAGAGUCAGUGCACCUGACCUAUUGCCUGUCACAAGUUAUCGCCCACAGAGACAUUUUCUAAGUGAGUCCCUGUAAAGAGAACUCCAGGGACCAGCCUGAGCCAAGCUAGGCCCAUGGGCUGUGGGAGGAUGGAACUCCAGCAUCUUCCUCAAUGGCCUGAGGCCACCCCCAUAACUCCUGUCUCUACUGCCCCAGGGACCAUGCUAGGGAGUGGUCUCCUGCAGGUGGCAGGGGUCAUGUGAACACAGCAGGGCCUGGCGAGGGCAGCUGAGGGUGUGAAUACCAGGAGGGUGACUUGGGAGGUCCUGGGGUGGCAGCAGCUCCAUUCACUGAUGCCAGACACAGAGAGUGGCUCACAGCCCCAUGUGGGAGAACGACACCUUCACGUAUUCCCAACCCAACCCAACCCAUGCCAAGCCCUGGGGGAACAUAGUGACGGAGGGCCCUGGGGCAUCUGAGUCUUCCCAGGGGACGCAACGCUGGAGUUGGUUCUUAGAGAAGCUGCUGAUUGCACAAGAGAGAGGGAGGGCAUUCCAGGGAGAAGGAACAGCAUGUGCAAAGGCCUCGAGUGAGAAACCACUAAACAGACCCAUAUAACUGGGGCAGGGGGCUGGGGGAGUUGGAAGAGAGGCAGGCCAAGUGCUGAAGAUCCUGGAAUGACGAGCUGAAGAGCUGGGACGCACCCUGCUGGUGCUGGCCCGCCAUGGCCUGUGGCUGCUCACAGCACUGCCUGUCUCCAGGCAGCGGGAGCUCAGCAACGUCCAGGCCAAGCCUUGCCAGUCACAGUUCUUCCUGGGCCUCAGCUUUCCCUUCUGUGAAGUGGGGCACAGAUUCCUCGGGGCAGGGCCUGGUAAGGGCUGUGGGAGGUUCCGCAGACCUGCCUGCAGAUAGGGCUUCAGCUUACCCCACCCCUGCUCCAGGGGGGGCAGCCCUGACGGGGUGGCGCAAGGGAAGGAUGGCUCAGCAGAGCAGGUAGUGCUGAAGACAGGGUCAGAAUGGGCUCUGCCUUGUGCCGGGGGCCCACUCUGGCUUCCGUGAGCCCCAGCCUUGUCUCACUGUGCCUGACAGGUGAGGUCGCUGGCGCGAAGGCGGGCUGCCUCGGUCCGCAGGCACCAUGGCGCGGAGCAGGGCACUGCUGCUCCUGCUGCUGCUGCCCCCGCAGCUGCAGCUGGGCCCUGGGCUGGCAGUGAGGGCCCCCGUGUUUGGACGAAGUGACGCCCACAGCCGGAGCCCUGAAGAGAACGAGUUCGCGGAGGAGGAGCCGGUGCUGGUCCUGAGCCCCGAGGAGCCGGGGCCCGGCCCAGCCACCAUCGACUGCCCCCGGGACUGCGCCUGCUCCCAGGAGGGUGUUGUGGACUGUGGCGGCAUCGACCUGCGCGAGUUCCCCGGGGACCUGCCGGAGCACACCAACCACCUGUCCCUGCAGAACAACCAGCUGGAGCAGAUCUACCCCGAGGAGCUCUCCCGGCUGCACCGGCUGGAGACGCUGAACCUCCAGAACAACCGUCUGACUUCCCGAGGGCUCCCAGAGGAGGCGUUUGAGCAUCUGACCAACCUCAAUUACCUGUACUUGGCCAAUAACAAGCUGACCUUGGCACCCCGAUUCCUGCCAAACACCCUGAUCAGUGUGGACUUCGCUGCCAACUAUCUCACCAAGAUCUAUGGGCUCACCUUUGGCCAGAAGCCAAACUUGAGGUCUGUGUACCUGCACAACAACAAGCUGGCGGACGCCGGGCUGCCGGACAACAUGUUCAAUGGCUCCAGCAACGUCGAGAUCCUUAUUCUGUCCAGCAACUUCUUGCGCCAUGUGCCCAAGCACCUGCCGCCUGCCCUCUACAAGCUGCAUCUCAAGAACAACAAGCUGGAGAAGAUCCCACCAGGUGCCUUCAGCGAGCUGAGCAGCCUGCGUGAGCUGUACCUGCAGAACAACUAUCUGACAGACGAGGGCCUGGACAACGAGACCUUCUGGAAGCUCUCCAGCCUGGAGUACCUGGAUCUGUCCAGCAACAACCUGUCGCGGGUGCCAGCGGGGCUGCCGCGCAGCCUGGUGCUGCUGCACCUGGAGAAGAACGCCAUUCAGAGCGUGGACGCGGACGUACUGACCCCCAUCCGCAGCCUGGAGUACCUGCUGCUGCACAGCAACCAGCUGCACGCACACGGUAUCCACCCGCGGGCCUUCCAGGGCCUCAAGCGGCUGCACACGGUGCACCUGUACAACAACGCGCUGGAGCGCGUGCCCAGCGGCCUGCCCCGCCGCGUGCGCACCCUCAUGAUUCUGCACAAUCAGAUCACCGGCAUCGGCCGCGACGACUUCGCCACCACCUACUUCCUGGAGGAGCUCAACCUCAGCUACAACCGCAUCACCAGCCCGCAGAUGCACCGCGACGCCUUCCGCAAGCUGCGUCUGCUGCGCUCGCUGGACCUGUCCGGCAACCGGCUGCACACGCUGCCGCCGGGGCUGCCGCGCAACGUGCACGUGCUGAAGGUCAAGCGCAAUGAGCUCGCUGCCCUGGCGCGCGGGGCGCUGGCCGGCAUGGCCCAGCUGCGGGAGCUCUACCUCACCGGCAACCGGCUGCGCAGCCGGGCCCUGGGGCCCCGCGCCUGGGCUGACCUGGCCGGGCUGCAGCUGCUGGACAUCGCUGGGAAUCAGCUCACAGACGUCCCCGGGGGGCUCCCCGAGUCGCUCGAGUACUUGUACCUGCAGAACAACAAGAUCAGCUCCGUGCCCGCCAACGCCUUCGACUCCACACCCAACCUCAAGGGCGUCUUUCUCAGGUUUAACAAGCUGGCCGUGGGCUCUGUGGUGGAGAGCGCCUUCCGGAGGCUGAAGCACCUGCAGGUCUUGGACAUAGAAGGCAACUUUGAGUUUGGUGACGUUUCCAAGGACCGGGGCCGGUUGAAGGAGGAAGAGGAAGAGGAUGAGGAGGACGAGGAGGAUAAGGAUGAGGAGGAAGAAAGCAGGCGAUAGUGACAGGGUGAACUGGAUCUGACAUAGGAUGAUGGACCGCUGGACCCCGUUCUGCAGCACGUGCCUGUGCCCUGUGAGCGCCCACUGUGCCAUGCUCACAGACACACCCAGCACUGCACCCACAGGGCCCCCGACACAGCUGAAUCCACAGCCUCCCAUCCUCAGCCCUCCCUGCAGCGCGUUCCACAGCCAGACACACGCAGACACCACAACACACACAGCAGCUGCACGUCGCCCCAAGCCCACCACUGCCAUCAUGCCCUCUGAGUCACACAGACACGAGAAGGGUCGGACCCCACCCUGGCACACAUGGGCACCUGCUCCUCCCUUGUGGACACACAUGUACGCGGGUGCUCGCGCACACACAUAUACACACGCACACACACACAAGUCACGUGCAAAGAGCCCUACAAGGCCUAUGCCACCGACAGCUCUUGCCCCAGCCAGAACUGACCAGAACAGCUAGCUAUCUGCCUGUCUGUCUGGCUGGCUGUCCGUCCAUCCCCCGGAGAAGACACAGAGUUAUCUCUGGGCUUUCUGUGGCCAGGUGCCUGCGCCCCCUGGAACUCACAAAAGGUGGCUUUUGUUCCUUUCUCUCUCUUUCGGGACAGGAACCUUCUGGACUGCUGCCCUGGCCCGUCCGCCCUACCCCCAGCUUCUGAGCCAGCCACUCCCUGCCAUGCCCCGGGCAAGCCCCCCUGAGGCCGCCGCAGAGUCUCCGGGGCGGCUGUGGGCUUUGGGUGGUAUGAGUGAGGCGGGGCUGGCUGGGCAAGGAGGAAGGCCCAGCCGCACCAGGGGACGCCUCUUCCACUCUCUGGGCCUGUGGGAACUUCUGGGUGCCUUUGUUUUUUUAUUCUUUUUUAAGAAAAACAAAAUGAUAAAAACUUCAAAGCUGAUUUUUCUUGUUACAGAAAAGCUAAUAUAAAAGCAUUACCCCGUCUGGCA